CGGGAGCUGAGGCGGGAGCGGACCGGCUGGUGGGCGAGCGAGAGGCGGCAGAAUGGUGGACUACCACGCGGCGAACCAGUCGUACCAGUACGGCCCCAGCAGCGGAAGCAAUGGCGCCGGCGGCGGGGGUAGCAUGGGCGACUACAUGGCCCAGGAGGACGACUGGGACCGGGACCUGCUGCUGGACCCGGCCUGGGAGAAGCAGCAGCGCAAGACCUUCACAGCUUGGUGCAACUCCCACCUGCGGAAGGCGGGCACACAGAUCGAGAACAUCGACGAAGACUUCCGAGAUGGACUCAAGCUCAUGCUCCUCCUGGAGGUCAUUUCAGGGGAGCGGCUACCUAAGCCAGAGCGGGGGAAGAUGAGAGUGCACAAAAUCAACAACGUGAAUAAAGCACUGGACUUUAUUGCCAGCAAAGGAGUCAAGCUGGUCUCCAUCGGAGCGGAAGAGAUUGUGGACGGCAAUGCAAAGAUGACCCUGGGAAUGAUCUGGACCAUCAUCCUCAGGUUCGCUAUCCAGGACAUCUCUGUGGAAGAGACCUCUGCCAAGGAAGGGCUCCUUCUCUGGUGCCAGAGAAAGACUGCCCCAUAUAAGAAUGUCAAUGUGCAGAACUUCCACAUCAGCUGGAAGGACGGUCUUGCCUUCAAUGCCCUGAUCCACCGGCACAGACCAGAGCUGAUUGAGUAUGACAAGCUGAGAAAGGACGACCCAGUCACCAACCUGAACAAUGCCUUCGAAGUAGCUGAGAAAUACCUUGACAUCCCCAAGAUGCUGGACGCAGAGGACAUUGUUAACACAGCCCGGCCCGACGAGAAGGCCAUAAUGACCUAUGUGUCCAGCUUCUACCAUGCCUUUUCAGGAGCGCAGAAGGUACCAGGCAGGGCCAGGCAGGCCCUCCUCGCCGCCACCGCCCAAUGCUGCUGCAGCCUCUCGCCUCCCACACUCACCUCAUUUCUCUUGCAGAUGGCAGUUGCCUCUCUCCGACUGGAAGCCACUCCCCCCACUCCUUGGCAGUGCUGCCCAUUCAGUAUUUAUAUUGUGGGCACUCUGAGGCCAGAUGAGAAGGCCAUCAUGACUUACGUGUCCUGCUUCUACCACGCUUUCUCGGGGGCUCAGAAGAGCCCCGUGUCCAGCAGGGGCAUGACUCAUGGGCAGUCGGGCCUGGCCCUACUCUGUCACCUCUCAGCAGUAAUUCCAGGCUCUGGGGUCCCAGCAGGAAUCAUGGAGAAGUUGGUCUGGGGAGCAGGGAUAACCCCCAGGAUGGAGCUCUCGAAGAUCCAGAUCCCAUGUGCCUAUAAGCUGGGGGCAGCCUGUCAGUGCUCUGAGGGCCCCUGCAGAGCCCCCAUGGCUUCUGCGGACCCACAGCUCCUGGAGUGGAUCCGGCGCACUAUCCCCUGGCUGGAGGACCGCGUGCCCCAGAAGACCAUCCAGGAGAUGCAGCAGAAGCUGGAGGACUUCCGUGACUACCGGCGUGUCCACAAGCCACCCAAGGUGCAGGAGAAGUGCCAGCUGGAGAUCAACUUCAACACACUGCAGACCAAGCUGCGCCUCAGCAACCGGCCCGCCUUCAUGCCCUCUGAGGGCAAGAUGGUCUCGGACAUCAACAAUGGCUGGCAGCACCUGGAGCAGGCUGAGAAGGGCUAUGAGGAGUGGCUGCUGAAUGAGAUCCGCAGGCUGGAGCGGCUCGACCACCUGGCUGAGAAGUUCCGGCAGAAAGCCUCCAUCCAUGAGGCCUGGACCGAUGGGAAGGAAGCCAUGCUGAAGCACCGCGACUAUGAGACGGCCACCUUGUCUGACAUCAAAGCCCUCAUCCGCAAGCACGAAGCCUUCGAGAGUGACCUGGCUGCACACCAAGACCGUGUGGAGCAGAUUGCGGCUAUUGCCCAGGAGCUCAAUGAGCUGGAUUACUAUGACUCCCACAAUGUCAACACCCGGUGUCAGAAGAUCUGCGACCAGUGGGACACUCUCGGUUCCCUGACCCACAGUCGCAGGGAAGCCCUGGAGAAAACGGAGAAGCAGCUGGAAACCAUUGAUCAGCUGCACCUGGAGUACGCUAAGCGGGCUGCCCCCUUCAACAACUGGAUGGAGAGUGCCAUGGAGGACCUCCAGGACAUGUUCAUCGUCCACACCAUCGAGGAGAUCGAGGGCCUGAUCUCAGCCCAUGACCAGUUCAAGUCGACCCUGCCCGAUGCUGACAGGGAGCGAGAGGCCAUCCUGGCCAUCCACAAGGAGGCCCAGAGGAUCGCCGAGAGCAACCACAUCAAGUUGUCAGGCAGCAACCCCUACACCACCGUCACCCCCCAGAUCAUCAACUCCAAGUGGGAGAAGGUGCAGCAGCUGGUGCCAAAGCGGGACCAUGCCCUCCUGGAGGAGCAGAGCAAGCAGCAGUCCAAUGAGCAUCUCCGCCGCCAGUUCGCCAGCCAGGCCAAUGUUGUGGGGCCCUGGAUUCAGACCAAGAUGGAGGAGAUUGGGCGCAUCUCCAUCGAGAUGAAUGGGACCCUGGAGGACCAGCUGAGCCACCUGAAGCAGUACGAGCAGAGCAUCGUGGACUACAAGCCCAACCUGGACCUGCUGGAGCAGCAGCACCAGCUCAUCCAGGAGGCCCUCAUCUUUGACAACAAGCACACCAACUACACCAUGGAGCACAUCCGCGUGGGCUGGGAGCAGCUGCUCACCACCAUCGCCCGCACCAUCAAUGAGGUCGAGAACCAGAUCCUCACGCGUGAUGCCAAGGGCAUCAGCCAAGAGCAGAUGCAAGAGUUCCGGGCCUCCUUCAACCACUUCGACAAGGACCAUGGUGGGGCGCUGGGGCCCGAGGAGUUCAAGGCCUGCCUCAUCAGCCUGGGCUACGACGUGGAGAACGACCGGCAGAAGCAGACAGGCAGCAUGGACUCCGAUGACUUCAGGGCUCUGCUUAUCUCCACAGGAUACAGCCUGGGUGAUGCUGAGUUCAACCGCAUCAUGAGCGUGGUUGAUCCCAACCACAGUGGCCUUGUGACCUUCCAAGCCUUUAUCGACUUCAUGUCAAGGGAGACCACUGACACAGACACAGCUGACCAGGUUAUCGCCUCCUUCAAGGUCCUGGCAGGGGACAAGAACUUCAUCACAGCUGAGGAGCUGAGGAGAGAGCUGCCCCCCGACCAAGCUGAGUACUGCAUUGCCCGCAUGGCCCCCUACCAGGGCCCUGAUGCCGUGCCCGGUGCCCUCGACUACAAGUCCUUCUCUACGGCGCUGUACGGCGAGAGUGACCUGUGAGGCCCUCACCGGAGACACCUGACCAAACAGCCCUCCUCACAGCCUCCAGGUGGGGCUGGUGGAGCCCUUCCGCCCCUCCCCGCAGCACGGGACUCCACGGUCCCGAUUCCUCUGACUCUGUAUCUAUGCAAAGCACUCUCUGUCGGUCCUUUUGGUGGGGAGGUGGGUGGGGGUGGACAGGGAGGGGCUAGGGCAGGCUCUCUCCUCUCUCUCUGUUGGUUGGCCAGGAGGUUCUUACCCCCACGAGGUAGGGGUAAGGGAGACUGGGAGUCAGCACUCUGGUCUGGUAAAUAUAUAUGAUGUGUUUUUUAACCUAUGUGGAGGGGACAGUGGAGCCCCACAAUAAAACAGGUCCCCUUUGUGCCCUGGGGACGCCCCUCCACACCCAGGUCCCUUCCUCUGCCCUGAGGUCCCUUCAAGGCCUCCCACAUCCAGGCCAAAGCCCCAUGUGCCUUGUCCGGGAACCACCCAGGCCCUGCAAAGGGUCCAGCAGAGGGCGCCACAGCUGCCCGAUGGGACCAGGAGCCCAUCCAGCCCCAUUCUACCUGCUCCCUUCUCCCAGCUUGGGAUUGCCAGGAGAUGAGGGGCCUCGGCUCUGCACCGCCCUUAAUGCAGCAGAGGAGUGGGGUUGGGCAGACUGGGCCCCUCACCCCACCACCCCUCGCCCCCAUCCCAGCUGCCCUCGCCUUGCUUUGUCUGGACUCAUGUGUCUCAGAUUUUCUAAGGACCAAAAAAAAAAAAAAACAAAAAAUACACACACACACAAAAAAAAACUUAAAAAAAAAUUAAAAAUUCAGAGAAUUACUAUUACUUUAUUAACUUACGGAUUUAUUAUAUAAAUAUAUAUUCGCCUAGCAACAUAUCUUUGCCGGCUCUCGUGAUGAAGAUACAGCUGAUUUGCUGCCCUCCCCUCCCCUCACUGAUUUUUCCCUUUGUUUGUGUCGGGCAUGGGUCUCGGGACCCCGCUGAGGUAGAGGUGGGCUGCUGGCCUGGCUGCCUGGUAGUUGAUGGUCCCCCCCCACACUUUUUUUGAGUUUAUUCUGAUUGAUUUUUUUUUUCUCGGUUUCUGGAUAAACCACCCUUCAGGGGACAGGAUAAUAAAACAUGUAAUAUUUUUAAGAAGGA